CUGUGGGUGGACAGAGAGGGGAUCAGGAACAAGAGCAAAGACCAAGAAGAAAUCGCUACUUUGAACCCUUUACAAGACCUGACAACAUUAUUGACACGAAGGGAAAACUGUGUGAACAUGACAAGCGUGUGACCCUGAUGACCAACUACUUCAGCUUGAACUUCCCCCGCAACCUGGUCCUGUACCAGUAUCACGUCGACUACAACCCCCCCUGCGAGUCCAAGAGGAUCAGAACUGCGCUGUUGUAUGUUCAUGAAGAGCUUAUUGGUAGAGUGCAUGCUUUCGAUGGCGCCAUGCUAUUCCUACCAAUUCGUUUGCCAAAUGAGGUGACGGAGGUAUAUUCAACGCGACAGUAUGACUCGGCUCGGAUCAGGGUCACCAUCACGUUGAGGACAGAGCUGCCCCCCGAUGUUCCACAGGCCAUUCAAGUGUUCAAUAUUAUCUUCAGAAGGUUGUUGGCACAGCUAGGCAUGAAACAGGUUCAGAGACACUACUAUGACUUUGAUAGCAGAAUCAACAUCCCUAGGCAUAGCCUGCAGGUAAUCCCUGGUGUGGCAGCGUCGAUCCUGCCGUACGAGGACCAGGUGCUGCUGAACGUGGAUGUGGCACACAAGAUGAUACGGAUGGACACAUGUCUGGAUGUCAUGUCCCUGGAAUACGCGAGGCGAGAGAACAUGGAUGAUGUCCGUCGGAGAGUAAUAGGCUGCAUCAUCCUCACCAGGUACAACAACCGAACCUACCGAGUGGAUGACAUAGACUUCGACCUCACCCCGAAAGACAGCUUCAAGCUCUCCAAUGGUACCGACAUCACCUAUCAGGAGUACUUCCAGCAGCACUACCAAGUAAACAUAAGAGAUCCCGACCAACCACUCCUGGUCUCCAGGCCAACAGUCCGGGACCGGAACCGUGGCCAGACUGCACCCAUCUACCUGGUGCCAGAGCUCUGCAUCAUCACAGGGCUCCCCGAUGAGAUGCGUGCCGACUUCCAAGUGAUGAAAGAUGUGGCAGUUCACACCAGGAUUCCCCCGGAUGACCGGGUUGCCAGACUGCUGAGUUUCAGGAACAGGCUUGAGAGAAAUGAACAAGCUCGACAAGAAGUUGAAAACUGGGACUUUCACUUCUCGGAAACACUGGUGGAAGUGGCUGGGCGUCUCCUUCGACCUGAACCCAUCAUCCAUGGUGGAAACACCAAGUUCUUUUACAACCCUCAAAAUGCGGAGUGGUCCAGUAGCGUGCGGGGCAAGAAACUCCUGGUGACUGUUGCUCUUAGCAACUGGAUCGUCCUCUCUCCCAGCAGAUACAAACAUUUGGCCAUCGACUUUGUGCAGACUCUCAAAAUGGUGGGGCCACCGAUGGACAUGAGGUUCUCACCGCCGGAAUAUAUUUUCAUUGAUGAUGACCGGAAUGAAACGUAUGUGAGGGCUCUGAGGAACUGUGUGACCCCUGACAUCCAGCUGGUGGUGUGCAUCGCCAGCAACAACAGGAAGGACCGAUACGAUGCCAUCAAGAAGUUCUGUACAUGCGAGAGGCCAGUUCCAAGUCAAGUCGUGUUACAGAGGACGCUGUGUAAGAGGCAGAUGAUGAUGUCGGUGGCUACGAAGAUAGCAAUACAGCUCAACUGUAAACUGGGAGGAGAAGCGUGGGCGGUGGAGAUUCCUUUCACUACACCUUUCAUGGUGAUUGGUAUCGACACAUACCACGACUCGUCUGUGAGGAACCGGUCCGUGGGGGGCGUGGUGUGCAGCAUCAACAACACCUGCACCCGCUACUACAGCAGAGUCUGUUUCCAGGACAGUCACGUCGAGCUGGUCAACGGGCUGACCACGAUCUGUACAGCUGCUCUGAGAAAGUACCAAGAAGUAAAUGGCGUUCUCCCUCAGAGGAUCUUCAUCUAUCGUGAUGGUGUUGGAGACGGCCAGCUGGAGGCCGUCGUCAGUCAUGAGCUGCCCCAGGUCAUGGAGAGCUUUCAACGCAGUGGACAGGAAUGUCCACGUGUGUCGUUCAUUGUGGUGAAGAAGCGAAUUGGCACAAGACUGUUCUCCAAGACCAACCGUGUGAGCAACCCCCCUCCUGGCACACUAGUGGACUCAGUCAUCACCAAGAAGGAAUGGUACGACUUCUUCCUGGUGAGCCAGUCAGUGAGACAGGGCACGGUGUCCCCCACCCACUACAACGUCAUCUGGGACGACUCCAAUCUUCUUCCGGACCGCAUGCAGAGACUGGCCUACAAGAUGACCCACCUGUACUACAAUUGGCCGGGGACCAUUCGGGUACCUGCCCCAUGCCAGUAUGCUCACAAACUGGCGUUCCUCGUCGGUCAGAGCCUACACCGGGAGCCAUCUCCACACCUGGCUGACAGACUCUACUACCUGUAGACAAGCUGUCUCCAAGUGUGUUGGAUUCUAGUUGAUGUUAGCUGAUGCAUCUUUCAGAUGUUUGAAGGUGCCCUUGUAUUGAUUUCGCCUCUCGGAUUGGCCUGGCCCCUUAUAUUGGCCUGGCCCCUUGUAUUGGCCUGGCCCCUUGUAUUGGUGUGGUCUGGCCCCUCGUAUUGGCCUGGCCCCUUGUAUUGAUUUGGCCCCUUGUAUUGAUUUGGCCUCUUGGAUUUGCCUGGCCUCUUGUAUUGAUGUGACCCCUUUUAUUGGUGUUGCCCCUUGUAUUGAUAUGGCCCCUCGUAUUGACCUGCUCCCUUGUAUUGGUGGAGUCCCUUGUAUUGAUGUGACCCCUUUUAUUGGUCUGGCCCCUUGUAUUGGCCUGGCCCCUUGUAUUGAUGUGGCCCCUUGUAUUGGCCUGGCCCCUUGUAUUGAUGUGGCCCCUUGUAUUGGCCUGGCCCCUUGUAUUGGUCUGGACCCUUGUAUUGGCCUGAACCCUUGUAUUGGUGUGACCCCUUGUAUUGGCCUGGCCCCUUGUAUUGGUCUGGACCCUUGUAUUGGUCUGGCCCCUUGUACUGGCCUGGCCCCUUGUAUUGACCUGGCCCCUUGUAUUGGCCUGAACCCUUGUAUUGGCCUGGCCCCUUGUAUUGGUCUGGACCCUUGUAUUGGCCUGAACCCUUGUAUUGGUCUGGACCCUUGUAUUGGCCUGAACCCUUGUAUUGGUGUGACCCCUUGUAUUGGCCUGGCCUCUUCUUUGGUGUGGCCCCUUGAACUGGUGUUGCCCCUUGUAUUGGCCUGUCCAUUUCUAUUGGUGUGGUCUGGCCCCUUGUAUUGACCUGGUCCCUUGUAUUGGUGGAGUCCCUUGUAUUGAUGUGACCCCUUUUAUUGGUGUGGCCCCUUGUAUUGGUGUUGCCCCUUGUAUUGAUGUGGCCUCUUGUAUUGGUCUGGCCCCUUGUAUUGGCCUGGCCCCUUGUAUUGAUGUGGCCCCUUGUAUUGGCCUGGCCCCUUGUAUUGGUCUGGACCGUUGUAUUGGCCUGAACCCUUGUAUUGGUGUGACCCCUUGUAUUGGCCUGGCCCCAUGUAUUGAUGUGGCCUCUUGUAUUGGCCUGAACCCUUGUAUUGGUGUGACCCCUUGUAUUGGCCUCGCCCCUUGUAUUGGUCUGGCCCCUUGUAUUGGCCUGGCCCUUGUAUUGGUCUGGCCUCUUGUAUUGGCCUGAACCCUUGUAUUGGUGUGACCCCUUGUAUUGGCCUGGCCCCUUGUAUUGGUCUGGCCCCUUGUAUUGACCUGGUCCCUUGUAUUGGCGGAGUCCCUUGUAUUGAUGUGACCCCUUUUAUUGGUGUGGCCCCUUGUAUUGGUGUUGCCCCUUGUAUUGAUGUGGCCUCUUGUAUUGGUCUGGCCCCUUGUAUUGAUGUGGCCCCUUGUAUUGGCCUGUCUCCUUGUAUUGGCCUGAACCCUUGUAUUGGCCUGUCCCUUUCUAUUGGUGUGGUCUGACCCCUUGUAUUGACCUGGUCCCUUGUAUUGGUGGAGUCCCUUGUAUUGAUGUGACCCCUUUUAUUGGUGUGGCCCCCUUGUAUUGGCCUGGCCCAUUGUAUUGGUGUGGCCCCUUGUACUGGUGUUGCCCCUUGUAGUACCUGGCCCCUUGUACUGGUUUUGCUCCUUGUAUUUGCUGAACCACAGCACAGGAACAGUUGAACUUCUAUUAACCUUGGUACUAUUUUACUUCACAAUGUGUUAUACAAUGUACCAUGUCAUAUGUUAGUCCUAGCUGUGCAUGGUUUACAUGUUGUGCUUUAUACAAAUUAAUUGGACUGUCAAUGACCUUAUGUUUAUUGUAGCUUAUAUAUUUGUCAUUCAUAGACUAAUAAAUGACAUACUUAAUAA